AUGGCCCCCCUUCCAGUAGAACACCCCACAACCUCCUCUGCCUCCGGCCACGAAUACGAACCAUACAUCCCAACUCCAACCCUGCGGCACGUGCCCGUCUCAGGUUGGGUUUUGAUCUCCCUUCUCUUCGGCAUCUUCCUCGGCUCUUACAUCCUCGGCCAAUGCUUGACGUGGGGAAAUCCUACGCUUACGGAAAAGGAAUGGCGGAGGAGGAGGGAGGAAGAGAUGGAGGAGGCGGAGAGGGUGAAGGAGGAGCAGAAAGAAGAAAAGGGACGGAGGGAGUGGGAGCGGAUGGAGAGGUUGAGGAGGGGUGAUGGAUUAGGAAAUAAUGGGAAUGGUGGUGGGAAUGGGGGUGGAAGCAAUGGAACGUGUGGGAAUGGGGGUGGUGCUGGGCGGGUUGAGCGGCUUGGGGUGCCUGGGAUGCCAAUGGGUGGAGCGCAUAUGGGUGGAAUGGGUGCAAGUCGACUUAGUGGGAGUACGUUGGGGAAAGCACAAGGAUGGGGAGCCCCUCUGGGAAAGUGA